GCUGAUCCGGCGCAGUCCGCCAUGGUAACGCGCCGUGAGCGCAUGCGCGCAGCGACCGCCCGCAGUCUCACGAACGGACGUCGUUGGCGAGCUUCUAACGCCAACUAACAUUUUGCGAUUUUGCACUCAGACAUGGCAAUAUAGUUAAAAUGCCAAGGAAAUACGUGCGUGCGACGAAGUUCUUGCUCGCCGGUGUGACUUUGUUCUGUGUGAGUUGGAUAGCUUCUGUUAGCGAGUGGCACGCUGAGGUCCGAUGGAGUGGACGCCGAAGAAGCGUGUCCACCAUGAAAACCAUCGUCGCAUACUCCGAGGGCAAACAGGCGGAGAUGGAUCGUCCUUCGCCAGUCACGUGCGACCGGCUACCGGCUUUUCCGGAAAUUCCUCAGAUCAACCGGACAUGGUCCCAGGGCAUGGAAGGCGAGUCUUCUUGGCAGCAAGUCUCAGGCGGACGCGUGUCGCUGUAUGCGGCUUACUACGACGAGCGUACGCCGCAGCGAUACGUCAGGAUAUUGGCCACGUUCCACGGUCGCAACUUUUCAACGGAACCAUUGUAUUGUCAAACUCGCGUUCUGGACGAAGAUUCUGUUGAAGUGGUUGCAGCUAAACCUCUUGAGAUUUGGUGGCACGAAUGGGACGCGUACUCUGCCGACGUUGAAACACCGCUACUGCUCUCAUGCCCACUCAUAGAACCUUUGAAACAACCUUCCGUUGUAUCUAUUGUUACCCAACCGUGUGAUGAUCCAACCAACGCUUUUUACUUGGAACCUAUUUCUAAUAGGAAAUAUGAAAGACGUUUCACAAUAUGUGUGAAAGACAUGAACUUUGAUAGGGAUGUUUCCCAGAAUUUCGUUGAAUGGCUUGAAACAAACAGAAUACUCGGAGUUGAAAUGAUUGAUUUAUACAUUGAUAAAAUAAGAAAAGAGAGUGAAAAUACUUUAUUACAUUAUAAAAAUCAAGGUUAUGUUAGACUUUACAAUGUUCCUAUUAAGUAUAAGCCAGACAGAUCUCUUUGGCAGAGACGAAGAGAUCACAUUAUUACUUAUAAUGAUUGUUUAUAUAGAAAUAUCAGAGAAUCUGAAUUCAUCAUUCCAUUAGACCUUGAUGAGAUCGUGUUACCAAAAAUAGCAGACACUCUACCCGAACUAAUACAACGUCUGAACAAAAUCGGCUGGGAUCCAUCACAAGACUCAGCUAUUCUGGUCAGAAAUGUGUUUUUCUUUGGUUUCAUGCAAGGUAUUGAUCAAUACAAACUGAAAAAGAUUGAAACUAAAAAUAAAGUUUAUGUCAAACGUGACGACGUACGAAUAAAAGAUGCAGAAGAUUUAGAUAUAGGUGAAAUUGAAUUAGUAUCUGAAAGUAGUAAUAUAGAAUAUGAAAAUAAUGAAGUCAUAGAUUUUAAAGCAUUAGACAAUGAUUUGUAUGAUAUUUAUAAGUCGAGAUGUAACCAUGAUUUGAUAACUCCUAAGCUAGUGCAACACAUUGUGAGCUCGAAGACUGUUAGUCCUAUUGGAUUUUAUAGCAAAAGCUUGAUGCUAACAAGAAAAGUGUUGACAGCUUUCAAUCAUUAUCCAUUGGCUAAUCUCGGGACAUCGGCGUUCGCGGGAUGGUACGCACCUCUACAUGAAGUUCAGCUCAACCAUUAUAAGGAGUCUUGCAACACGACGGUGAUGCCGGAGUGUGCCGCGUAUGGGAAACGCGCGCGGCUCGACCGCUCGGCGCAGCGUUUUCGCCGCCCGCUGACGAAGGCGCUCGCUUACGCAACCUGCACGGGAAUAAACAAUACCUAAACAUA